AUGAAAGAAUCCGGGAGUCUGCAGGGGGCCCUGGACACGUUCUGCAUGAUACAGUGCUUAAGAAAUCCUCAAAUGAAUGUUUGCAGCAACACCAAGGCACGUUUAAUACCCAAACCCAGCAGUAGCGACAGCCCAAACCACGCGCUGGAAGGCACUUUCCAGUGCUAUUUCAAGGCUCAGGGCGGGGGAGGCGUUCAAGGGCGCUGCGUCUCGGACUGUGCAAGGCAGCAAGAGUGCAAAGACACCUCCUUAGUGACGAGCAACCCAGUCUGGAGCACUGAUGAGGCCAUUCGGGAGCAGGUCAACACAUACAAGGCGUACUUCUGCAAGGAGGACAAAUGCCGUGAGCACACCCAAAACAGACUCAACAACUAUUGCAAAGAAGCACUGACGUUUCUGUGUCCCCCCAAGGAUCCCACCUGCUCCGGGGGGGCUGUGGCGAGGAAGGACGUAGGAACUGUUGCGCAGCAGGAGAAGAGUUGGCGCUGCUAUGGGCCUAGUGCCCUUUCUGAUAGCGUUAGCAGCACUUGCAUGGAGGGCUGCAUACCAGAUGAGGUCACCUGCGACGGAGGGCUCGAACAAGGGCGGAGCAAUAGGCACUGGAGCCUAACCGCUGCUCUAGAAUCCAUAAUUAGGCACGCUAAGGCAGAUUCAUACAGAGCUGGACAGACCUAUGAGCUGCAGAAGAUACUGGACAAUGCAUGCAAGGAAGCGUUGGCCAAGGAAUGCCCACCAGACGAAGGCAGUUGCACGGGGGGAGCUGUGGCUCGCAAAGAUCUGCCUACACUGGAGGCGAAAGCAGCAGUCUGGAGCUGCUAUCACCCCAAGGCUUUGAACAAAGAAUCCUUCACAGCUCGUUGCAUUUCUGACUGCGGGGAUGAUAUCAAAUGCCUGCAUGGCACUACCCCAGGGGAGGGUAUGGUCUGGACGGGCGUGGUGGACCUGGAGCAGCUGAUAUCGGACAAUGUUCUCAGAACGUGCUACGGUACAGAGCCUCCAGGAGCUCUCAAUGGUCUUCAGCGAGAGCUUGACAAGUAUUGCAGAGAGCUUCUCUCUGAUAGGUGCACCGGAGACUUUUGCUUGGGAGGCGCAGUGGCUCGUAAGGACAUGGGGGGCCUCAGCCAGCGGAGUAAGCAGUGGCGGUGCUACAGCCCUACUCAGCUAACAAAUUCAGUAGACACAGCCUUGUGUGUAAAUGAAUGUGGGAAGGAGAUUAAGUGCAGGCAGGGAGUAGUUGGUGGCAUCAGCAAUCUUCACUGGACUAAGGAGGUAGCGAUAAAGAUUCUUAUCAAGGAAAAAAAGAGAGAGUACUGCAAGGUUCCAAAACGGGUGCCCCUCCGUGCUCACGUGGAGGAGAAACAGGAGAAAGCAGCAGCAGAAACGGAAGUAACAGAACCAGAGAAUUCUGGCUAA